AUGGUAGUUCUUCAAUGGAGAUUUCAAUGGAGAGGGCUCUAUGGCAGAUUAAAAACCCAUUUUGCUUGGAAAAUAUCACAAGCAAUUUUGACUUUCCACAUUCUUACAUACAACACACAUAUGAGUCAGAGUUACCUAAUUGAUUGUCUUUUGGAACCUAUUUUUUGGUUUGUUGACAAUUUCGCUGGAUGCUUAGGAAAGGUUUUUGUGUUUUGUGUGACAGUCUUAACAACAGCUGUAGUUGCCAUAGCAUAUUGGGUUGGCUUACCAUAUUGGUGGGAAAAGAAUGCAUAUAUUACUGUUGGCUUAGUUGUCUAUGGAAACUGGCUGUUGCUCAAUAUUGUUUUUCAUUAUUACAAGGGUGUUACUACGCCACCUGGAUAUCCCCCUCAUGCUUCAACAAUAAUAGAGGCAGCCAGCAUAUGUAAAAAGUGUAUAGCUCCAAAACCUCCUAGAACGCAUCAUUGUUCAAUAUGUGAUAAAUGCAUUCUUGCUAUGGACCACCAUUGUCCUUGGCUUAAUAAUUGUGUAGGAUAUUUCAAUUCUAGAUAUUUUUUUCUUUAUAUGGCUUAUAUGGUAGUCGGAGUCACUUUUAUAAUAAUAGCUGGCUUGGACCUAGGAUAUCAAGUGCUGUGGGUAGCCGAUACUGGUGGUAUUACACAAGAAAAUGAUCCAGAUUUGAUUGGACAUCCGGUGCGUAUGAACCAGAGUGGAGUAUUUGUACCAGUUCAAGUGAUUGCAGAAUAUGACUCAGAGAAUUUUCCAAGACAUCACGAUUUACCAAUGCCAAUAAUAACUGAAGUCCAAAGAAUAACUGCACAUCAAUGGAAGAGAAAGGCUGUAGUAUUUAUGGCUAUCACAUGUGUGUCAGUGCUUGUUGCUUUAGGUACAUUGACAGUCAUGCAUGGGAAGAAUAUCAGUAAGGGUGAAACUAGUAUAGAAGCUCAUAUAAAUACAGUAUUAAGAAAAACCCAUAAACAUAAGUUUAGGAACCCCUAUAAUUUUGGUCGGAGAAAAAAUUGGAAGCUGUUUCUAGGCUUAACUCAGGGAAGGACUUUUCUGAGGCAUGUGCUUUUUCCAUCUAGUCAUCCCCCUAUAGGCAAUGGCCUUAUAUGGCACACCAUUCAUAAUACUAUAGAAGACUGGCCU